AAAGCCUCAGUGGGAGGGUGGUAUUCGCAGUUCUCGAAUCUCCGCCCCUUUCCUUUCUUCUACCCACUCUAGCUCGAGUCACUAUCGAGUCGACCAUGGCCGGAUUCCUGCGCGCCCCGCUGCUCCUGCUGACGGCUCUGGCCCUGGCAGUGAGCUCUGCAGCCAGCGCGAGCCCCAACAAGCCUCUCAUGCCCGGCGGCCUGGCAGAGGCAGAUGUCAAUGAGGAAGGCGUGCAGCAGGCGCUCAACUUCGCCUUGAGCGAGUACAACAAAGAGAGCAACGAUGCCUUCCACAGCCGGGCCAUGCGGGUGAUGCGCGCCCGCAAGCAGGUCGUGGCUGGGCUGAACUACUUCUUAGAUGUGGAAGUCGGUCGAACCACAUGUACCAAGUCCCAGCCCAACUUGGCCAGCUGUCCCUUCCAUGUCCAGCCACACCUGAGGAAGAAAGCACUCUGCUCUUUCCAGAUAUACACUGUUCCUUGGUUGGGCAAGAUGUCUAUGGUGAAGUCCAGCUGCCAGGAUGCAUAGAGGAUGUGACAGGCUGGGCCACGCUGACCGCUUCUCACACUCCCCCACCCUUGUGGAGUCCCCUCAGUGUGCUAGUCCCAGAAUAAAAAUAGAGAAGGCUUCUUGAACAUUGUUUGAACAGCUAAGCAGCUCUAACUUGUUUCUUUCUUUUAAUUGCUUUCUAGAUGCACCUAUCCCUUGUGCACAUGUUCUGCCCCUAUUUUAUGCAAUAAAAAGUAACAUUCACUA